CCCCGGAAGUGCAACAGCAUAGGAAAUGAUCGCUUGCAAUAUUAUGCUUUUUCAGGAAAUAUACAAUUUAACGUGAAUAACGUUCUAAAGGAAAUCAAGACCCACAACAUUGUUAAUCGGUGUCUGAAUGACGACGGAUACAUCUUGAGUUCGAGGGAAACGCUACAUUCUUCAGUGUUUGUGGAUAUCACCAUGCGACAUGUUUUGUGGUAUUUAGGCUAUUUCAUCGAAAGGGAUAUGAAGACAUGGUGCUGUGUGUAAAUGAAUUCAAUUGAAUUUGAGAAGAAAUAUAAAGGUAAAAUAACGCUAACGUUUGCAUAUUUGUCCAGACCUCCCAUCUGCAUGUGCUGACUACAAGCAGAAUUACUACGUUCUGUGAUCAUUGCUGGUAACAAACAAGUCGGUGUUGUUGCACUUUCCGUCAUUUCGAAUGAACGACAGAAUUUACUUCAGUAAGAAAUAGGUCACUGAAAGUGUCACCUAAAUUGGUCUUAAAAGAUCUGUUCAGAUCCGAUCAAUCUUAACCUUGUUCAUAAAACGGGCCAGAAAAUAACAAGCAUGAGUUUCUUCAGUUUUGGCCAAAGUGCAGAAAUUGAUGUAGUUCUGACUGAUGCUGAGACGAGAAAGAAGGCUGAACAUAAGACUGAAGAUGGGAAGAAGGACAAAUAUUUCCUAUUUUAUGAUGGGGAGACUGUGGCAGGAAAGGUCAAUGUAACACUGAAGAACCCAGGGAAAAGACUGGAACAUCAAGGCAUCAAAAUCGAAUUUGUAGGCCAGAUUGAGCUGUACUACGACAGAGGAAACCAUCAUGAGUUUGUCUCCCUGGUGAAAGAUCUGGCAAGGCCUGGUGAGCUUACUCAGUCACAGACAUUUGACUUUGAGUUCACCCAUGUUGAGAAGCCCUAUGAGUCCUACACAGGCCAGAAUGUGAAGCUACGGUAUUUUCUGCGCGCUACGGUGAGCAGGAGACUGAAUGACAUCAGUAAAGAGAUGGAUAUUGUGGUACACACACUCAGCACCUACCCAGAGCUCAACUCAUCAAUAAAAAUGGAAGUUGGGAUCGAAGACUGUCUCCACAUUGAGUUUGAGUACAACAAAUCCAAGUACCACCUGAAAGACGUCAUUGUGGGUAAGAUCUACUUCCUGCUGGUGCGGAUUAAAAUCAAGCACAUGGAGAUUGACAUCAUCAAAAGGGAGACAACUGGCACCGGUCCUAGUGUAUACCAUGAAAAUGACACCAUCGCCAAAUAUGAGAUCAUGGAUGGAGCUCCUGUCAGAGGAGAGUCAAUUCCAAUCCGGUUGUUUCUGGCUGGCUAUGAGAUGACCCCUACCAUGCGAGAUAUCAAUAAGAAGUUCUCUGUGCGUUACUACCUUAAUCUGGUGCUGAUUGAUGAGGAGGAGAGACGCUACUUCAAACAGCAGGAAAUCACACUGUGGAGGAAAGGGGAUGUGGUGAGGAAGAGCAUGUCGAGCCAGGCCACCAUCGGAGCCCAGCGGUUCGAGGGCUCAGUCAGUUCAGAGAGCGCCCUGGAGAAGGCGGCGAGGGAGGACAGCGCCUAAAGCUGCCUCCACUCAUUCUCCUCACAGAAGACUGGCAGUGUUUGUGGAAAAGUAGUGGGGGCACCUGUCAGCUCACAUGAUCACUGAUAAAGUAGUCCUCUGUUUAUUAGGGCUCCUGAAUAAAGGGAUAAAGGAAGGAUGAAGGGAAGUCUAGAGGUAAACACCUGAACAAUGAAAAAGAAGCCUGCAUGAGGCAUUUACAGGGGUCUAAAAUGCCGCUGCAGGUCAAUUCCAUCCACACACAUAUCCGGUGAAAGUUAAGCCGGCCACUUGUUUAGAUCUCCCCGUGCGUGAUACCCGAAAAAUGUAUUAUUAUACCCUGUCAUCUUCAAUUUAUCAACUUUCUUUGUCACAAAAUAUAUUUCUAGCUUUAGCUUUAUAUGAAUGGAUUCUAACUCCGUCUACAACACUGUAUUGUCAUAGGGAGUUAGUCAUGAGUAACAGCGAUGCAUUUUGAAAACAUUCCAUACCCAGUCAAAUGAAUUCCUGAAUUCCUUUAAUGUGGUCUGUCAUAAUGAAAUCUGAAAUUGUGUCUUUACACAGAUAGGUAUCUGUUGCUUCUCCACAUACACAUUAUCCUCUGUCCUUGUAAUGAUUGCAGUGAGAUCAAUGGAAGGUUUCUACUGCAUUGGAAGUGUCAUCCAAUUUCUUUGAGUGAGAGGGCUAGAUAAAGUAUUACUAACCCAUUCAUUUUAAAGUCCUGCAAAUAAGAGCUAUAUAACUCUCACCCUCUUAUACCAUCAUGUACAGUGAAUAGCAUACAGACGGUCACAAUAUGACCAUUACAUUCACAUGCUUUACCUAAGCAUUCCAAUACUGUUAGGCGGGGAUUUUAAGUGCUUGUAUUUGAGGUCUGAUUUUAAGAAGUCUUCUGUAUCGUCCAUGUUCGACUUGAAAUGUCGUGCCUGAGUGUAUCUUGCAAAUUAAAUCAUGUUGCCUCAAUAUGUUUAACACUAUUUUAGCCUGAAAUUUUCCUGUAUUUUUUUGUGCUCUGCAAAUGACUAAUUAUAGCCCCUUCCCCAAAACUGAAAUAAAUUGAUGCCAUAUG